AUGUCUACAGAAACUAAACAAGAACUUCUUCCUACUCCUCCUGCAACAGCUUCUCAAAAUUUAUUAAAUGAUAAAUGGGAUGUUGUUUUAUCUAAUGCUUUAAUAAAAACCGGUUUAGGUUUUGGAGGUGGUGUUUUAGCAUCAAUUUUAUUUUUUAAAAGAAGAGCUUUCCCUGUAUGGUUAGGUGUUGGCUUUGGUUUAGGUAGAGGUUAUUCUGAAGGUGAUGCCAUUUUUAGAUCAAACCAUGGUUUAAGAACUGUUAAAGUUUAA